AUGCUGAGACAUGGGCCUAGCGAGGAAAUGCAGAGCGAGGGGCGGAGGGUGAGACAAGUUCGCUCCUUCAGGGAAGGGGACGUGUGCACCAUACAGGUAGGUGGUAUGAACGUGACUGGAAUGGUGGCGGCUGGGGGACAACAGGUGAGAGGAUGA